AUGGCGCGUGAGCCGGUGCCGGACGACCUGGUUGCCUUCAUCGCACGGAAUUAUCUCAAGGCAUCGUAUAGCAACAUGAUUCUGAUGAAUCACCGCGGUGUCGGGUGUGAGGUGGAUAAGGACGACCUGAUGUCGAUCGAGGACGAUCAGUGGAUUACAGAUGGUGUGGUCAAUUUUCACAACGUGCUGCUUAGCAUCCGGAAGCAGAAGCUCCGUGACGGGAAGACAUGGGCUGCCAUGGACUGCAAGGCUUACACACAGACGAACGCGUAUGGAGCACCUUUAACGCUGGGACACGGGCUCCCGUUACUGGAGCACGAUUAUCUGGCCAUCCCUGUGCUGGAGGCUGUGCUAUCGGAACUCGCCAAGGCGAGUAACCCUUAUGCGAACAUGGAGCGUGUAGACAAGCAGCUCUUGGAGGCGGAUUGCAUAAUACUACGGAUGCGGCGCGACUUGUGCGCGCACGCGUGUGGAGAUCUUAUACGGCAGCUGGAAGAACUGGGGAUUGAAAUCCCUCCGCAGGACGCAAGCCGGGUUACGGAUGAGGGGGCAGUGGUGCAGGAGAGGAACGCUAGAUUGGGAGUUGAGAGGCAAGCACCGGACACUUACACCGUAGAGGACGCACGGGUUACGGAAAUGGCGAGGGAUGUGGCGACCCUGAAGAACGAUGUGCGGUACCUGGACGCGAGUGUCAUGGUCAUGGCCAACUUUGUCGGAUUAAGGCGGGAUGAGGUGGUGGUGUCCGCUGCAACCCAACUACUGCUGCAUGGUAGUCGCGUGGGGCCUGGCGGGAAAGCUGAGGCGGGUGGCACCAAGAAUGCUCCACGCACUCCACAGCGUCCGUCUGGCAGUAUGAGGCGGGAUGACAGCAGUCAUGAGGAGGAUGGCGUACGCAAUGCCACCCGGGUUGCACUGGACUCCUCGUUCGCUGCAUGUGACCCGCCAGCACGCAUGCUGCAGAACCCUCUGCUGAUGCACGGGACCAUACCUCACUGGAUGUUCACACGCGGGAGACAGCUGCUCGGGGUGACUGUGCCGGCAGCUGAGGCGUGGGGAGAUACGCGAGGGCAUGAGGCGGUGAAGGCAGACCAAGAAGAGGACCUAGUGUCAGACACAGAAGACGAGGAUGAUGACGAGGAUACGUGUGCCACCAAAUGCACCGGAGUGAAGAUGGAGAAAGCAUCCAGCAAGUUCGACGUGAAGAUCCUGAUUAAGAAAAAAGGGAAGCGUAAGCAACAGCGGCUGGGAGCAUACACAUCUAUCGACGAGGCCGCGUACGCGUAUGCCGCAGGUGCGUGCGUGCUGAGGCCACGAGAGAAGAUACCCAACACGGUAACCUUGACAGCAGCAGAGAAGGCGCUGCUGCGUGGAUGCACCAAGGAGGAUCUGCAGAUCCUCGUUGAGGCGCGGAAGUGGUGGAGGUGGAGGAGCUGGCGGAAUGCGCUGGAGAGCGUAAGCAGCAACCCUAAACGCGGGAGGUAG